AUGCGACUGGUGUGUCCGAGCAGUGAAAAAAAGACACAUGGAUUGUGGCAAAUAACCAAAUGGGUGAGCGACCACAAUUGUCUAGGUGAUUUGAUGAGUAAUAACAAUGCUAGCCUUACAUCUGCAGUUAUUGCUAGACACAUAGUUCAUAGCAUUGAAGAUGAUCUUGGGUAUAAAGUUAAGAACAUAGUAAGUCAUAUUAAGGAAGUUCUGAAGGUGGAUGUUUCUUAUAAAAAGGUUUGGUACGGCAGACGUAAAGCUAUCGAACUUGUAUUUGAUUCUUGGGAUUCCAAUUUUGCUGAACUACCAAAAUAUGUUGAUGCACUUAUGCAGUCAAAUCAGGGAUCUGUGAUCAGGUGGUUACACCAUUCUGAUAGUACGGAUCAAAUGAAGACAUUCAAGUAUGUCUUCUGGGCUUUUGGACCGGCUAUUGAUGCAUUUCACAUGUGUCGACCGGUUAUAUGUGUUGAUGACACUCAUUUGCGUGGCGAAUAUAAAGGCAAAUUACUUGUUGCAGUUACGCAAGAUGCCAACAACCAAAUUAUUCCGAUAACUUAUGCCAUUGUCGACGAAGAUACUAUUUCCAGUUGGUCUUGGUUCAUGGAGCAAUUUAGAUACCAUGUGACCCGUGAUCGGUAUCCUAUUUGUGUCAUUUCAUAUCGGCAUAAUGGUAUCAUUCAUGCCAUGACACAUUUUGACUAUUGGCAAGAACCUUUGGCCUUUCAUAGAUUUUGCCUACGACAUGUUCGGAGUAACCUAAUGACUCACUUCAAAGGCCUGCACCUUAAAAGGUUGUGUUGGGCAAUGGGAAGAGCCAGACAAUUGCGCAAGUGA